CCUUGCAUUAUUCUUUCAAACUAGAAGGAUGGGUAAUGCUUUCAUCCAGUUCCAAAUAUUUCGAUGAGAUCUCUUCUCAAUUGGCUUCUUGUUUUUUUAAAAAAGAGGUUGGCCCAUUGAUAAAACUUAACACCAAUAUUUAUUAACGUCAUUUGAUUAACAACAGCCAGCCUGCCGUUAAUCUUCUUUCACAUGGUUGGCAGUCGCCAAACAUUGGCACGUGCGAUGGAAGAAUUCUUGUGAAUCCGGACUGGAAUUUCACACGUUGGUUUUUGUUAGAUGAACAAAUAGCAGAGUGCAGGAAGUUAAAUCAGUGACUAUCAGGACGAUAAAUACACAUACACACACACACACACACACACACACACACACACACACACACACACACACACACACACACACACACACACACACACACACACACACACACACACACACAUUUAUAUAAACAUAACCUUGGUGAAGAUAAAGGUUUUCGUUUAUAUCUGUGAAAAAACAAACAAACCAGCAACCCAACUAUUAUCAUUUGCUUCUAAAAGAAACAGAAGAAUAAAUAACAAGGACAAAGCGAAAGACAAAAGUAUUGAAGAUGAAUGGUACUACGACGUUCAGUGAUUCAGUUGUUCAAUUGCAGGCAAAUCUCACUUUGGUUGAACUAAAUGACUUGGAAGCACAAAAAUAUCUAUUGGUUAUAAUAUUUGUGGCACUGUUAAUGUUAGUGGGCACACCUGGGAACAUCCUGGUUCUUUAUAUAUACCGAGGUCGCUUCAAACGUGUCUCUACAUCAAACUAUUUUAUUGAAGCACUAGCUAUCUUUGAUCUAAUAGCUUGUAUGAUUGGAAUGCCAACAGAAGUGUAUGAUUUGAGAUACCCAUAUAUGUUUUCCAGCGACAUUGGAUGCAAAAUCCUCCGCUUUUCCGAGACCUUCACCGUGAUUGCAUCUUCAAUGAUUUUGUUGGAAGUGGCUAUUGAUCGCUAUUGGAAAGUAUGCAAACCACAUGACAAAAUGUCUGUAAUGAGUAUAAAGAUAAUGUGUGGAAUCGCAUCCAUAGUCGGCAUACUCAUUGCUGUGCCUUCCAUAUUCUACAGCGGUAUAGUACCCCGUAAGCUCAGGGAGAAUAUAAUCUCUCAGGACUGUACAGUUAUAAAACCUAAGCUCGCUCUGAUCUUCUUUUACCUUCUCUGUAUCAUUUUCUUCCUCAUUUGUAUCAUUCUUGGAGUUCUUUAUACGCUCCUCUACCUAGAGGUCCGACAACGAAGACGAAAGAUGAUCUCUCGUCAGGCUAGUACUGAGCAAGAACAGAUUAGUAUCAACGAAAAGGAAAAACAGCCAGAAUUCCCGAAAACAGCAUCUCUGAAAAAAUCCUUCAAAGAAUCGAAACCGAAAAGUCCAAUGAGUCCGAAAAGUCCUAUGAGUCCGAAAAGUCCAUCUUUUCCGCUAACCAGAGCAAGAUUUGCCAGCAGUUUGCGUAAAAAAGUUAGCCGAACAACUUUGAUACUGUUCAUUGUGACAUUAUUUUUCAUCAUCAGUUACCUUCCAUCGUUAUUGGCAAUGAUCAUCAAGUACUCAACGUAUAAGAGCCGUCGAGGUCGUGAGGAGAGUAUUGCUAUCAGGGUGGUUGAAAAACUCUUUUCAAAGUUCUUCCUCAUCAACAAUGCAUGCAACCCGAUCAUAUACAGUUUCUUGAACCCAUAUUUCAGAAAGGAAUGCGUGCGCGUGUUUCAUAAAUUCAGUUGUGGCUUUUCUGCACGCUGUUGCCGCUGUUGUCGUAUUGAACCUGGACAUCCUGAUACUCUCUCUGCAAGUACCUAAAUUUGAAAUAUAUAUAUAUAUGUAUAUGCAUUUUGUUAUAUCGGGAAGGAUCAUAUUUUUGCCACACGCAUUAUAUACCUACGCAUUAUAUACUUGAUCUUCACUUCAGCUUUAUUAUUAUUAUUAUUAUUAUUAUUAUUAUUAUUAUUAUUAUUAUUAUUAGCAUCUUCUUUCAAUUCUGUUUCCAUUUCUUGCCGAGUGUCCUCCUGACACCUAGGGCAGAGAAACGUACUGUAUACAUUGGUAGGCCAUUAAAACAAACACACCAGAUUGUUCAUUUUGCACUUCCUGCAUGGAUAGUAAGCCAGGGAUCAUUCUUAAAUAAUUUUCAGUUCUUUUUUUGAUUAUUCCAAGUACUCCUACAAUCACCAGUAUUGUAACCGUCUUGAGAUGCCACAUCUUUUCGAUUUCGAUUAGCAAAUCUUUAUAUUUUCUGAGCUUAUCAAAUUCUUUUACUGAGGUAUUAUGGUCACAGGGUAUGCUCAUGUCAAUCAGUAAACAGACUUUAUUGCUUUCGUCUUUCACAACAAUAUCUGGUUUAUCUGCCUUGAUGGUCCGGUCUGUACAUACUGGGAAGUCCCAAAGAAUAGUUACAUUUUCUCUCUCAGUUACAGUCUCAGGGUGGUAUUUGUACCAUUUGUCAGCAGUUUUGAUUAUUAUCCAAUAUAAAUAUUGGUCAACUCUGUCAUGUCUUGAUUUGUACUCUACAGGUGUCAAGGUAGUACUGAGCCAGAACAGAUUAGCAUCAACAGGGUUAUUUAAGGAUGUUUAACGAAACCCCCUUGUUUCCAGAGGUGAAUUAUUCAAACCUCAAAGAAUUCCUCUCAGCAUAUGGCUAUGAUGCGUCCCCACUAUUUUUGCUCGUGACCAGAGAUGCACAUAUCGUCGGCCACUAACGGGCAUGCUUAACGGGUUAAGGUCAAACAACUGACGAGCAAAUCUGUGGUAUUGAGCAGAAUAUUUAGUGUGGCCCAUCUUUUAUACCAAGACAAAACAAUGUACAUGAUAACACUUCCAAUCAGUUAAGAUCAAAAGCCAUGAGGGCCACUACCUGGUACUGCAUGAGGGCGUUCACUAUUAUUAUUAUUAUUAUUAUUAUUAUUAUUAUUAUUAUUAUUAUUAUUAUUAUUAUUAU